UCGCACCGUGUCGCUUUCUGCGGUCUUGUCGGUCUCGUCCGAAUUUCACAUUGGCAUCUAUAUUUACACACCGUCAACAAAAUAGAAUGGAAACCUAAUUGAUAAAGAAACAAUCGCAAUUUGUUGAUACGUGUUCCGUCUUCUGGCCCAUCCGGCACCUGGCAUAUCCAACAACAGCAGCAAAAAUGGAUGUCUUUCUAAUGAUAAGAAGGCGAAAACUCACUAUAUUUACAGAUGCAAAAGAUACCACAACUGUAUUGGAACUGAAGAAGAUAAUUGAAGGUAUUUUAAAAGUUGCACCACAAAACCAACAGCUAUUCAACAAGGACAACAUGAUUAUGGAAGAUGAGAAGACCCUGCAGGACUAUGGCCUAACAGCAGUCACAGCAAAAGCACAAAGUCCUGCCACAGUUGGCUUGGCAGUCAGGGAUGAUAAUGGACCAUUUGAACCUCUCGAACUAGCUCCGUACUCAGCACCACCAGACUUGCCGGACGUGAUGAAAUCUCAGGAGAACGUCAACGGUCAAGAGCAGACCUCAUGAACAGCAAUUUCAACACCGACACCAAACGAUUCCAUAACUGCUAUCAUCAACAAAGAAUUUUGUAUAUUUUCAACCGACGCGCAUAUUAAUUAAUUUCUCGCCUACCACCUACCGAUGCGACGGUGGUAGUAAAGCAAAGCGUAGAGACAAUUUUGUAUCAGUGAUAAAAAUAAUAUUAUUUUAAUGGAUUUUCGUUCGUUUCCACACUCACACGCAAACACGCAGUUCAGUAACUUAUAUUUUUGUGCAAAUUUCGAUAUUCUUCUCGGCUUGUUUAAUGUUUUCACAUUUUAAUUUAAUACUUAAUAACUACGUUAUUUUAUAACCGAACAACAUGCUGAUUAAUGAUAUAACAUGUAAUUUCACAUGAUAUGAUAUUGAAGGAGGCAUCAGUACCAUGUAAUUUCUAAAACGAACGAUAUAAUAAAUGAUAAGAAGUUAAGUAUUAA